AGGAAUACUUCUCUCUUCUGUCAUUUGCAGACAGCAGUAUUUCCGUCCUAACCUAACGACACCUCCAGAGCUACGAUGGCUCGGCAAGCCUCCAAACUCAUAGCCAAUCUGUCGUCGACCCUUUGCCCUAAAAGAUCUCAGCCUUUUUCUCAUUCAUUGUUGCAAUCACGCAACUUCGCCGCGCCGCCGCCUCCUCCGCCUGCCGUUUUUGUUGACAAAAAUACCCGUGUCAUUUGUCAAGGCAUCACCGGAAAGAAUGGCACCUUCCACACCGAGCAAGCAAUCGAGUACGGCACUAAAAUGGUUGGUGGUGUUACCCCGAAAAAGGGUGGAACAGAACAUCUUGGCCUCCCUGUUUUCAACACUGUAGCUGAUGCAAAAGCUGAGACCAGAGCUAAUGCUACUGUGAUUUAUGUUCCUCCUCCUUUUGCUGCAGCAGCCAUUUUGGAGGCAUUGGAGGCUGAGUUAGAUUUGAUUGUGUGUAUCACUGAAGGAAUUCCUCAACAUGACAUGGUGAGGGUCAAGGCUGCUCUUAACCAACAGUCAAAAACACGGCUUAUUGGUCCAAACUGCCCUGGUAUUAUCAAGCCUGGAGAAUGCAAAAUUGGGAUUAUGCCUGGUUAUAUUCAUAAACCAGGGCGUAUAGGAAUUGUUUCUCGAUCUGGCACUUUGACCUAUGAAGCUGUUUUCCAAACAACUCAAGUUGGUUUGGGACAAUCCACAUGUGUUGGCAUUGGUGGGGAUCCUUUUAACGGAACAAAUUUUGUUGAUUGCGUUGAGAAGUUCCUUGUUGACCCUCAGACAGAAGGAAUUGUUCUUAUUGGUGAAAUAGGCGGUACAGCUGAGGAGGAUGCUGCUGCCCUUAUAAAGGAAAGUGGAACUCAAAAGCCUGUUGUUGGUUUUAUCGCUGGGCUAACUGCCCCACCUGGAAGAAGGAUGGGUCAUGCUGGAGCCAUUGUAUCAGGAGGGAAGGGAACUGCUCAAGGAAAAAUAAAGAUCCUUAGGGAAGCGGGUGUGACGGUUGUAGAAUCUCCAGCGAAAAUUGGAACUGCAAUGCUGGAGGUGUUCAAACAAAGGGGUCUUGUUUGAGUAAAAUCUUCACCAUUCAAUUCUUUUCAUUUUCCUUAAAAUGCAGUAAAUGAAGAAGAAGGCAAUGGCUCAAACUCAAAUAAUCCAUUUUUUUGCCAUCUUAUUUACACAUACUUUUGAUCUUCCAUUUCUUAUUUUUGAGUAAAAAAAAUUACACAAAUCUUUUACUUAAAUCCCAUUUACAUCAUUCUACCAAAUAAAUUUAAUUGCAUGUUUUAAAAACCCAAUAAACUUGGUGAAUUGUAGAUGUUGAUUUCUUUACAUAUUUAUCAUGCAUGUAUGAUUGAAAUGCCA